AUGGAUGGCGUGAUACGCACGGAUCCCGACGGUAGCGGAGAGGUUGUCGCCCCCGGCGCACUUACAAGACAACACAUCGAAACUAUCGUGGUAUUCGAAAGACUGGGGGCCGCUUUGUCCGUCACCGGGGUUCUCUUAAUCUUCAUCGCCUACGCAUUCUUUAAGCGACUCCGAUCUGUGCCGAAUACCUUCAUCGUAUUCGCAUCUUUCGCCAAUCUCGGAGCCAGCAUUGCCUGCUUGAUGGGAUACUCGGGAGUCCUAGCGGGAUCGAACAGCAACCUUUGCCAGGCUCAAGCCUUCAUGUUUGAACUAUUUAUGCAAUCAGAUCCGUGGUGGUCUUUUGCCAUGGCAGUCAAUGUAUACAUGGUAUUCUUCUUCUCCGCAAAUCCCAACAGCUUUCUCCGUUACUGGUGGGCAUAUUUCUUGGUAUGCUAUGGUAUUCCAUUCAUACCUUCUUUAUGGUUAUUAGUUGUGCGCGGUGGCGAUGGACAGAACGUAUACGGUAACGCAACGAUUUGGUGUUGGAUAGAUAAGGACUGGUCCAACUUACGAAUCUAUACAUAUUACCUUCCCAUAUGGGUCUGCAUUAUCCUCUCUACCUGCAUUUACGUUGCUGUUGGCUAUUAUGUAUUCAAACAACGUAAUCAACUACGCAAUCUGUCUCUGAGUAACCCUACUCGAGAUGUGCCGACCGCACGCGAUUCGGGAGAGAAGGCUCUAUUCGGGAACGCAGCCAUUAUGGGUAGCAUCAAUCGAGAAGUCGUACAAGUGACAACCGUUAACUCCUCAACUGCGCACCCUAUCUCCGGUCCCUCAUCAACCGCUACCACCGCCGCCCCACCAAACUGGUUCGACGGCCCCCCCGAUAACCAAUCCUACUUUGACGGGGCCACUACUCCUAUUUCCCAGCCGAACCCGUACCAAACAACCGUAACCCACAUCACUGCCGACCCGCCGCCCCAAUCCGGCCUCUGUGCCCGCAUCCGCGAGAACUUUCAGCGAUGGAGAGCUCGGUUCAACCACAUGGAUCAAGUCAAACUCGCGUACCUUCGUACAUCCUUUGUCUUCGCGAUCUCCGUAUUCGUAACCUGGACACCAAGCAGCAUCAACCGCGUGCAUGACCUGGUCUACGCUGAGACGGCUAGCUUCGCGCUCAACCUAGCCAGCGCGGUUGUGUUACCGUUGCAAGGAGUCUGGAACGCCGUGAUUUUCUUCUCGACGUCGUGGACGGCGUUGCGCGGCGAGCUAAGAUCGCGACGCGAUGCGCGAAGAGGGAUCCCGCGCGGAUUGCAUGCUGCUAAUGCGGUGCGGGAUGAGCGCGAUCGCGCGCUGGAGCUAGAGAGACGACGGACUAAUGGGAAGGGGGCUGGGGUGGGACAUCUUGAUGAUGCAGGGAGCGAGAUUAGUACCGAGAGUACUGGCGUAGGGGUUAUGGCGAAUGGAGGUGCUGUGAGGGUUAUGCGCGGAGGCUCACUAACGAGUUUGUGA